UGGAGUGAGGAAAAGAAAAAAAUGUAUACAAAACACACACAAUUGAUAAGAGUGAAGACAGUAUAGAUUGAUAGAUCAAAUAGACGAUAUAAUGUCCUUGAAUGAAGAGGAAGCUCUUAAGAUCAAGUAUGCUGAGAUAGCAGCAUUAAAGAAGUCUAUAGCAGAGAAGAAGAAUGCAUUACAACAAGCUAGGUUGACACAAUUUAGUAAUUAUGGUACCUCAUCGAAUACUUCUAUGAAGAAGAUAUGGAAGAAACAUAAUAAAGCUGCCAAGAAAGGUAAUCCGUUUGGUCAUAUGUCAGCUGUAUUCACUAAUGCUACUGGUGAUAUAUCCAAUACAGAGCAAUAUGUGAGUCAGAUAUCAAAAGGUGGGAUGUCUAUUGUCAAUACAAAUGUGUUGCAAAGAGAGCAACAUAAGUUUAAGGUUCAUCAAAGGGAACAAGAGGAUUUGAAAAAGAUUAAAGAACUUCAACGUCUCCAGGCAAGAUUACAGAAGAGUAUCUCCAAAAAUAAGGUACGAGAAGAUAAUCGUGAUAGAAUACGAAUAGGAGAUGUGACAUAUGCUGUGACCAGAAUGGGAAAUAGACUACUUCCACUUUCAAUACCAAAUAAUUUGGAUACAGCUGAAGUAGCGUGGGGUAGUAGGAAAUAUAUAUCAAAGAAUGGAAGAACUUUAAAAUGUACUGGUGGUAGAACCAGAAAAUCACCAACUGAUCCAUGUCGAUACUUUACAAGAACAGGGAUAUGUCAGAAAGGUUCACAUUGUAAAUAUACCCACGACCGAUCAAAAAUCAAGAUUUGUAAUCAAUACCUAAUUGAUAAAUGUUUCAAUAAGAAUUGUUUACUCUCACAUUCUUGUAAUGAGUUUAAUACACCAUGGUGCAAGUAUUUCUUAGAAAAUAAAUGUAAAAACUCAAAUUGCAAAUUCCUUCAUCAUAAACCACCAAGAUAUGAUGAUUCUAGUGUGGAGAUUUGGGUUUGUCGACCAUUUGCAGUUGGAGGAUGGUGUGAUCGUGGAACUAGAUGUCCAUUUUUACAUUUAUUAAAUUGUCCUGAUUUUGAAGAAGAUGGAGUUUGUCAUAGAGGAAAAUCCUGUGAAUUAUCUCAUCCAAUCACUUUAAGGACGCAAAAGUUAAUGUCAACCCCGGUGAAUAAAUUUGAAAGGGAAAGCCGGAUCUAUAAAUUUGAAAGGGUAAGUCUGACCUACAUUGGGGAGGAUAAUGAUGAAAAUGAAAAAGAAAUCAUAAAUAGUUAUACAGUAGAUCCAGAAUCUUUAUUUGUUUCAUCGACUUUACAAGGGAAAUAUGAUAUUUAUAUUGAUCAAAAGGGUAAUAAUGAUUCUACAGAUUUUAAAGAUAAUUUCAUGAUCACUUUAAGUGAUUCAGAAUCAUCUGAAGAUUCAAAUGAAUCAGAUGGAAUAGAUGAUAAUACUGAUUUUGUACAUAUAUAAGAUCUACUAAGUAAUAAUAAAAACAUAAUGGCAUUUCUAAAACUUAAUUUGUAAUACCUCUUCAAUUUUUUUUCUCUCAUCUAAAAACUCACUUAAAUCCUGUUUAGGAAAAAUGAUUUAAUAUGUUGCAAAUGCCAUCUUUAUCCCAUCAAUUGAACAACAUUCAACCAUACAAUCAUUAUUCUUCCCA